UUGCUGUGAUGAUGUCAGAAAGCAACAUUUAAAUUUAAAUUUGUAAAAAUACAUCAGUCAUUUUGGGGCCUGCUGCUUUACUUCUUUGCUAAGACUUUGAAGAGGGACUUCACCAGCUUAUUGCUCCAUUUCCUGGUGUUGAACCAGAUGAGAUUACUGUCUCAAAAUGAACCAAGUCAAACUGCUUGAUGACAAACAGCAUUUUUUCUCCAUCUUCAUCACCAUGGUGGCCCUGCUGAGCUCUGGCCAGGCCUUACUGAGGACGGAUCCUCCUAUCCAGCCCGGCCACCCUUUCUUGUUCAUGUGGAACGCCCCAACUGAGCUGUGCGACAUUCGCUUCGGCAUGCCACUCGACCUCUCCUACUUCCAUUUCAUCAGCAGCACGCUGAAGACGGCAACCAACCAGAGCAUCUCCAUAUUCUACAUCGACCGCUUCGGCAUCUUCCCCUACGUGGACGAAGACACCGGCGAGAUGUACGACGAGGGCCUGCCUCAGCUCAUAGACAUGCAGGAGCACCACGAACUGGCUGAGGAUGACAUCGAGUACUACAUCCCUGGCGACCAGCCGGGCCUCGCUGUGCUUGACUUUGAGGAGUGGAGGCCGCAGUGGGUCCGAAACUGGGGCAGCAAAGACAUUUACCGACAGAUUUCCAUUGAAAUGGUAAAGAAGAAGAACGCAUCGUUGGCCGACGACGAGGCAGAGGACCAGGCGAAGAUCGUUUUCGAACGCGCAGCAAAGAGGUACUUCCUCCGAUCCAUCCACAUCGGGAAGAGGCUGAGGCCCAACAAACUCUGGGGUUACUACCUGUACCCCGACUGCUACAACUACAACUACAACCAAAACAUGACGGGCUUCACUGGAGAGUGUCCCGCCAUCGAGAAGGACAGGAACAAUGAACUGAUUUGGCUCUGGAGAGAGUCAACAGCGCUCUUUCCAUCCAUCUACCUGGAGCUGGCGCUCAGAGACUCCCAGCAGGGCCGGCUGUUCGUCCGGCAUCGCAUCCAGGAGGCCAUGAGGGUGUCAGUGCUCCCCAACAGCUCCUACUCCAUCCCAGUCUACGCCUACAUCCGACCCGUGUACAAGGACAGCGCCAAUGACUACAUGUCAGAGUCCGAUCUGGUGAACACCAUCGGAGAAGCUGCUGCUCUCGGCGCUGCUGGCGUCGUUUCCUGGGGAGACAUGAAUGUCACAGACACAGAGGACUCCUGCUUUGAUGCUCGACGCCACUUGGAGCAGGUCAUGAACCCGUACAUCCUGAACGUCUCCACAGCAACGCAACUCUGCAGCCAGGCCCUCUGCCAGGGCCGAGGUCGCUGUGUGAGGAAGCACUGGGACGACGACGUCUUCCUCCACCUCGACUCGCGGCGUUACCGGAUCCAGCAGCAGCGCCGCGGCGGCCUGCUGACCGUGAGUGGCGGCCUCUCACAGGAAGACGUCAACUGGUUCGACCGCAGCUUUGACUGCAUGUGCUACAGCGAGGAGCCGUGCAGAUCGGUCCUGACGCUCAACGUCAUCCAUGAGGCCAUCAUCACCACGAGGAAUCAAGGUGCUGACAGGCCCGGCCCCCUCCUGCUGGCGAUGAUACUGCUCUGUCUGAAGUAUGUCAUGAUGUAAAUAUCAAUCAAUGGCACAAACCUGAUACCUGUGAUACAGGACGUGUGGUUGCAGACGGUUAAAGGACAAUUCCACUGUUUUUCAGCAUGUUCUUUCUUUUAUUUCUGACUGUUUUUACCUGCGUUUAGAUAUUUUUAAUUCAGUUUAGCCAAAUUAUUAUUCAAAUUAUCUUAUUCACACAACUUUCUUUCGGAAUAUGCAUGAAUACAAUGUAAACUAAAAAAGGUUUAAAAUGUAUCAUUAUUAUCAAUAUUAUUAUUAUUAUUAUUAUUAUUAUUAUUAAGGUCUUAACAUGAGAUUUUAGCCCUUUAACAUAAAACAAACAAAUUGGCAAAUUUCCAUUAAACAUAACUACAUACAGCUUUUCUACAAAACAAUUCUCAGGACCACUUACUAGCUUCUUCUGGAGCUUUCAGCAGUUUGGUACAGACAUUCAUAAUCCCCAACGGAUGAAUCCUAAUGACUUUGGUCAUCUGACUUUUUCUCUAGCGCCACCAUGAGGUUGAUACUUUUGUAAUUGUAAUAACUCUCAGGAUCUCCUGACGUUUCAUCUAAUGCUUACUUAUGACAUUCCCAUCAGCCUCAGCUGUACUUUCUGUUUAGUGUCAAUUAGCAAAUGUUAGCAUGCUAACACACUAAACUAAGAUGGUAAACAUGGUGAACAGUAUAACUGCUAAACGAGCAUGUUAGCAUGCUGAUGUUAGCAUUUAGCUCAAAGCAGAGUGAUGUGAAGGACUGACAGCAGAAGCAAAGCAUAAGCCUGUUGACACUUUAGCAGUUCAUGUGGCUAAAGUGUCUGAAAUGAAAGAAAUAAUCGAAAUUGUGCAGCUUCAACCAACACACACACACAUGCACACAAACAGCAUGUGCCGCCUCUUCAGUUCAGAAAGCUUGCUCAGUGAUGACAUCAGCAGUGACAUCAUACAGUCCCUGACCACCUUUAACACUGGGGUCCAUCUCCAUGAAAAUGGCUGGUUUGUUUCCUGUGGACGGAGUUAAGAAGCAUGGAUGGAGUUAGGGAUUUGAACAUUUCUGUGUGGGUGUAUUCAGUUCCACCAAAAUGUUGCUUCGGGGCAUUUUCUUCCCCAAAAAUGAAAGAGAUUAAAGAUGGCUGCCAAA